AUGAACGCCGCCGUCCGAGCUGUCACCCGCAUGGGGAUAUACGUGGGAGCCAAGGUGUUCCUCAUCUAUGAGGGCUACGAGGGGCUGGUGGAGGGGGGUGACAACAUCAAGCAAGCCAACUGGCUCAGCGUCUCCAACAUCAUCCAGCUGGGCGGGACGGUGAUCGGCAGCGCCCGCUGCAAGGCCUUCACGACGCGCGCGGGGCGGCUCCGCGCCGCCCGCAACCUGGUGGAGCACGGCAUCACCAACCUGUGCGUCAUCGGCGGCGACGGCAGCCUCACCGGCGCUGACAUCUUCCGCUCCGAGUGGGCCGGGCUGCUGGACGAGCUGGUCCGAGACGGGCAGAUCAGCGAGGAGGUGGCGCGGCAGAACUGCCGCCUGAACAUCGUGGGGCUGGUGGGCUCCAUCGACAACGACUUCUGCGGCACCGACAUGACCAUCGGCACCGACUCGGCCCUGCACCGCAUCAUGGAGGUCAUCGACGCCAUCACCACCACGGCGCAGAGCCACCAGCGGACGUUCGUGCUGGAGGUGAUGGGUCGCCACUGUGGGUACCUGGCGCUGGUGUCCGGCCUGGCCUCAGGCGCUGACUGGCUCUUCAUCCCUGAAUCCCCUCCGGAGGACGGCUGGGAGGACCUCAUGUGCGAGAGGCUGGGGGAGACGCGCAGCCGAGGGUCACGGCUCAACAUCAUCAUCAUCGCCGAGGGCGCCAUCGACCGCAGCGGGAAACCCAUCACCUCCAACUACGUGAAGGACCUGGUGGUGCAGCGCUUGGGCUUCGACACGCGCGUCACUGUCCUCGGCCACGUGCAGCGCGGAGGGACCCCCUCGGCCUUCGACCGCGUGCUGAGCAGCAAGAUGGGAAUGGAGGCGGUGAUGGCGCUGCUGGAGGCCACGCCGGACACGCCGGCGUGCGUGGUGAGCCUCUCCGGGAACCAGUCGGUGCGGCUACCACUCAUGGAGUGUGUCCAGGUGACGAAGGAUGUGCAGAAGGCCAUGGAUGAGAAGAGGUUUGAGGAGGCCAUCCAACUCCGUGGGGGGAGCUUCGAGAACAACUGGAACAUCUACAAGCUGCUGGCACACCAGAAGCCGGCGCAGGAGAAGAGCCCCUUCAGCAUGGCCAUCCUGAACGUGGGAGCCCCCGCCGCCGGCAUGAACGCGGCCGUGCGCUCGGCCGUGCGCAUCAGCAUCUGCCAGGGACACACCAUCUACGUGGUGAGCGACGGCUUCGAGGGCCUGGCCAAGGGGCAGAUCCGCGAGGUGGGCUGGCACGACGUGGCAGGAUGGCUGGGACGCGGCGGGUCCAUGCUGGGCACCAAGCGGACACUGCCAAGGACCUGCAUGGAAAAGAUCGUGGAGAACGUGCGGAAGUUCAACAUCCAGGGGCUGCUGGUCAUCGGCGGGUUUGAGGCGUACGAGGGGGUGCUGCAGCUGGUGGAGGCGCGCGGGCAGUACGAGGAGCUCUGCAUCGUCAUGUGCGUCAUCCCCGCCACCAUCAGCAACAACGUGCCUGGCACCGACUUCAGCCUGGGCUCCGACACGGCCGUCAACGCGGCCAUGGAGAGCUGUGACCGCAUCAAGCAGUCGGCCUCGGGCACCAAGCGCCGCGUGUUCAUCGUGGAGACCAUGGGCGGCUACUGCGGGUACCUGUCGACUGUCACCGGCAUCGCCGUGGGCGCCGACGCCGCCUACGUCUACGAAGACCCCUUCACCAUCCACGACCUGAAGGCCAAUGUGGAGCACCUGACUGACAAAAUGAAGACAGAUAUCCAGAGAGGGCUGGUGCUGCGCAAUGAAAAGUGCCACGAGCACUACACCACCGAGUUCCUCUACAACCUCUACUCCUCCGAGGGCAAAGGCAUCUUCGACUGCAGGAUUAAUGUCCUGGGCCACCUCCAGCAGGGGGGAGCCCCGACCCCCUUUGACCGCAACUAUGGGACCAAACUGGGAGUGAAGGCGGUGCUGUGGAUGUCGGAGAAGCUGCAGCAAGUCUACAGCAAGGGGCGUGUGUUUGCCAACUCGGGGGACUCUGCCUGCGUAAUCGGGCUCCGGAAGAAGGUGGUGGCCUUCAGCCCUGUGACAGAGCUCAAGAAAGUCACGGAUUUUGAGCACAGGCUGCCCCAGGAGCAGUGGUGGCUGAACCUGCGGCUGAUGCUGAAGAUGCUCGCCAACUACCAGAUCAGCCUCACCGAGUACAUCUCGGGGCAGAUGGAGCACGUCACCCGCCGCACCCUCAGCAUCGAGAAGGGCUUCUAGUGCCACCAGCCCCAACCACAGCCCCCACCAUGUCCUCUGCCCCCCCCAGUGCUGCUCGGGGAGCGCUGCAUCCCCCCGUUCUCAGUAGCCCUGUAGCUUUGCCACCGACCCCUCAAAGCAGGCAGAGCCUGGUGCCAGCUCCCAGAACGGCACAGUCCUGCCCCAAAUCACUGGUGCGGUGUCUGGUCCCUGUGCAGGUGCAGAAGGGAGGUGUUGCUUGAGCCCAGCUGCACAGCCCAGACCCUUGAUCUUCCCUUAAUAGUUUAUUAUUAUUUAAUCAUGGGGUAUUUUAAGUCCUUGUCCAGCGGCCUGACCGCCUGAGCCAACCCCUGCUGCUGCUUUGUGUUCGCCUGCCCCGCGUGCGGGAGGGGGGUGAGGAGGGUGCAGUGCCAUCCCAGAGGGGCUGGAGCUGCUCCCCGGGGCUUGGGGCUGCCCCUGAGCCCCAGGAAAGCUCCAUCCCUGUGGGGUGUCAGGAGGGCUGAGCGCGGGGUCCCGGCGAGCCCCUCUCCCCCUUGCAUGACGCUUGGCUGCGACGUCACCGCGCGGCCCCGGGUGCCGUGUCCGUCAUCUCACCGCUGCUCUGUGACCCCGGAUCCUGCACUGCUCGUGGUGCUGCUCCUCCUCCUCUAGAGAUAAAACCUGCUGGAGCCAAA